GAGGGAGAACGCGACUGAGGGAGGGGGUGGUGCGCAGCGCAACAGUUCUUUCAACACGGAGUCCAUAAUUCAUCGUUAACAAAAGGAAGACGUUUGGGUUUAAAUUGGGGAUUGCAAUCGGUUGAGCUGCGAUGCGAUUGGCCAGUGUGCAAGCGCGGGCUCGUCGGGCGGCUGAGGAGAGAGAAGAGCCGCCCCCAGGCCCCGCCCCUCCCUCCACCCACCACUCUGAUCACCAGUUCAAGAACAUGAAGAGCAAGUUCUUCAACGAACUCACCCACAUGCCAAAUCAUAAACUCAAAAUGCCCAUGUGGGCAAUAGGAGCCAUAGUGGUGGUGGUGCUGGCUCUGGUGGCCUGUCUUUGUUUCUGUAUCUGGAAGAAGUGCAUCAACAAGGGCAAGAAGCCCAAGAAAGUACGCGAGAGGAAAGGAGGCCGAGGCAGAAGAAAGAAGGAGGGAGCCGGAGAAGGAGAGGAGGGAAAGGAAGGAGAGGGUAAGGAAGGAGAGGAGGAGGAAAAAGAGAAUUUCGGAAAACUGGAGUUCACCCUGGACUACAACUUCACUGACAACCAGCUGAUCGUGGGCAUCCUGCAGGCUGAAAACCUGGCAGCCAUGGACAUGGGCGGCACCUCAGACCCCUAUGUCAAGGUAUACAUGCUACCAGACAAGAAGAAGAAGUUUGAGACCAAAGUCCAGCGCAAGAACCUAUGCCCCGUGUUCAAUGAGACCUUCAUCUUCAAGAUCCCCUACCAGGAGCUGGGCGGUCAGACUCUGGUCCUGCAGGUCUUUGACUUUGAUCGCUUUGGUAAACACGACGUGAUUGGGCAGAUCUCCAUCCCCAUGAACAGUGUGGACCUGGCUCAGCCACUCCAUGAAUGGAGGGAUCUGGUUGGAGGAGAGAAAGAGGAGGUAGAGAAGUUAGGGGACAUCUGUAUCUCUCUGCGCUACGUCCCCACGGCCGGUAAAUUGACCAUCAACAUCAUGGAGGCCAAGCACCUGAAGGCGAUGGACUGUGGAGGCUUGUCAGAUCCCUUCGUUAAAGUGGUGCUGCAGCACCAAGGCAAGCGGCUGAAGAAGAAGAAGACGACGGUCAAACAGAACACUCUGAACCCCUACUUCAACGAAAGCUUCAGCUUCGAGAUCCCCUUUGGCCAAAUACAGAAAGUCCAAGUGUUGAUCACGGUGUACGAUUACGACAAGCUGGGCAGCAACGACGCCAUCGGGAAGGUUUGGAUCGGCUUCGGCGCCUCAGGGGUGGGCCUCCGCCAUUGGUCAGACAUGCUGGCCAAUCCAAGACGUCCCGUGGCCCAGUGGCACGCCCUGUGUCCUGAGGAGGAGGUGGAUGAGGCCCUGAAGAAACCCCUCCGCUAAACACACACACACGUACACUGAGCAUUCCUGUGCGCGUUCAAAGAAAACAGCACAGGACCUGAAUAUUACACAACCAUGAAUAAGCUCAGUAGUGCUGAUCAUGACACAACGGCACUACUCAAAUAGAAACUUCCAAGAAAACCAACUUGAGCUACCACUCAAACACUACAAGCCACCUGUACAUCGAUGCAACGCUGGAUUGCCAUUUCGGAUCAUUUUGUGUACUCUUUCCUUACUUAUUAUUCUUUCGUAACUUUUUGGGGGUUUUGCGUAUUAACUCGUGCUGUAUGAUGUUAAGUUAUUAUCGUGUGUACGAACGCGUGUGUCUGUGCGUGUUCGUGUUAAACCGUAGUACAUGAAAGCAUUCUCUGUUUUUUUCCCCCGAAUGUAAUGUGAGUGGUUGUAAAAUAACAAAAUAAAUCAUUCCCAAAAUUCCCAAAAAAAUGAUAGUCCGAUAGAUUUGCCAGCUUGAGUAUUUAUUUAUUUAACCUUUAUUACAGAUGAGCCCCUGAGUUACGUCAUUUACAGGAAGUAGACACAUCAAAAUAUCAAAUCAAAAUGCAAGCAGGAAGAGAAACAGUAUGAGUAUGAACACACGCUCCUUACGGGAAAACCACAUGAAUUUCACAUGUGAUCUUGAGCGACAAAAUGCAAGCACAUGCGAAAAAGAUGAUCUCAUGUAAAAUACAUGUGAAAACAUGGGGACGCAACAUUUGAGCGUAGGUGAAAACCCAGAUGUAAAAUAUUCUCAAUGAUAUUUGACAUUAAAAGGCAUAAUUUACAUUCAUUCAAUCAGUCAUGGUCCCCCAUCAUAUUUAGCCUAGCUCACAUUCUGUUCCAGGGCUAGAGGCAUCACUACAGACCCUGGUUUGAUUCCAGUCUGUAUCACAACUGGCCCAGCGUCAUCCGGGUUUGGCCGGGGUAGGCCAUCAUUAUAAUAUGUUUUUAACUGACAUGCCUAGUUAAAUAAAAGUAUAAAAAAAACAUUGUGUCAUGGUCACCUAGAUUACUUAGGGACAAUACCUCAUUUGGGAUUUGAACUCAGAAGCUUUUGGUUACGAGAUAUGUGAAGUUCCUGCUGCACCACCAGGUCUAACAGUGAUUGGCUAUACAUAUAUUGCCAA